AUGACCUUCAAUCGACACAAGACAACAUCUAACUACCGAGCAAAGGAGUACGACACAAAUGAGUGCGUUGCUCCAGGAUCAAAAAGAACGGAAGCUAGACCAUUAGAACGAGGGAGGGGGCUUUGCAGUCUCUUAGGAUAUGUCCAGGUUUCUCGCAUCUGUAACAUACCGGCUGCCCAAACAGACAGUUCUCGGCUUGAAGCUUUCCACAGUUCUGACAUGGUGCAUGUAUGGAAAACUCUGGAGCAGCAUUUUGCCUCACAAUCCCAAGCACGUCUCCUUCAGACUCGAGUCCAGUUGGCAAACCUCAAGAAAAGUUCUUCCUCAAUAGCUGAUUAUUUUCAGCGGGCUCAAAGCCUCCCUCAAUCUAUGUCUGCUACCAGUCACCCUAUUAAAGAUGAAGAUCUUGUUGCAUACAUCCUUCCUGGACUGAGCAUGGAAUAUGAUCCACUUGUAACACCCCUCACCACUCGGAAUGACUUCGUCUCUCUAGGUGACCUCUAUGGGAACUUACUAUCCCAUGACUUGUGUUUGGAACAGCACCAUACUGUAGUUGAUUUGUCUAUUUCCACAGCAAAUGUUGCUCAGCGCAAUCAAUCUGGCUCUUACAGAUCUGGCCGAGGCUCAACAAAUUCAACCAGGGGCUAUUUUUUGCGAAACUCAAAUCGCAGCAGAGGCAGGGGGCGUGGCCGUGGUGGACACUCAUCUUAA